AUGCAGGCUCAGAUGAUCUUUGAAGCGGCCGUUCGUGCAGACUCGCGAUGUUUGCCCGUGCUGGAAAAUCCAACACGCGACCAGUUUUUAGAUGCUGUUGACGAUUUCAUUCUCGACAUGGUCAAUCAUGGGUCGGAGGGAUCGACGCAUCUCUUCUACUACACAGGUGACGGUUGUGAGAUACAGGGCUUCCGCUUCAUUCCUCGCGAUGCCACUCGGCCAGACCGGGAUUACAUCGCGCUUGGAGACAUCAUGGAGAAGAUCGACAAGCAGAUCCAGGGCCGCAAUAUUGUGUUUUGCAUCGAUUCCUGCCGCAACAAUCCUAAUCAAGAGACUAUCAGGGACAGGUUUGACAACGAGCGUGGAAUUCUCAACCGAUAUUGCUUGUUAUUUCGCACAACUGUGGGGAAUGAAAUCAAUGAGAUUCACGAUGAUGAGGAAGACUUGUCUGCGUUUGCGCGGACAAUUGUGCGCCACAUAGAUCAGCUGGCAAGCACUCAGAUUCCCGUGAUUCCAGAUUGGGUUGAGCAGAUCGUACAAGCAAUCAAGGAGGAAGAUGAGCGAGAAGAUCCUUUGUAUUCCUGCAGCCGGCCGGUAGCUGGCUCGUUCCGGACCAUUCGCAGCUCCUCCGCUAGUAGCAUCUCAUCGCGGUCACCACUACCAGGCAGUAUGAUAUGUUCCAAAGGAUAUAGCAUCUUCCACGAGAAGCACAGUCCACAGGUCAGCCCUCUGGACCCUCUGGACCCUGAGCAGUUUUACUACGUUACUGACAUCCGCAAGGCACACCGCCGUCGAGUCAACCGGAUGACGGCCCAAACAGUAGACAUCGCUUGCAUCAUCUUGGGAAGUUCCGAGGGCAGAUCAGCCGCAGAGGUGAAGGAAGACUUCGCCGUCCGGGGUAUGGGCCCGAACUAUUUCAUCACCGUCGAGGGGAAUCGGAUAGUGUUGGUCAAGGAAGAGCUCUGUGCAUGGGACUACAACAUUGCUUGCUGGCAUGUGGAAGAAGUUCAGGGAGUUGGACACAUCUCAGGUACCGGCCAUAUCAAUGAAGUUAAGUCCUAUGCGGUGUCUAUUUCCUUGGAGGGCAGCGGCAAGGAGCCCUAUCGUGAGAAGCAGUACACCGCCCUCAUCUCGUUAUUGAAGCGCCUCAUCGCAGACUACCAGGUGAAGCUUUGGAAUAUCGUCGGAGCUGGAGAAAUCAUGCAACCUCCUCCGAGAGCCCCACAGCCUGGCCCGCAGUUCGAGUGGGCGCGGCUUGAGGAGGCGGGCUGUGCACUCGCUGCCAAGCCCAGAACACAGGAGCAAGACAUCUCGAAAUACGAUCUCAAGGUCUUGCUUCAACAGUGGGGCUAUGCCUGGGGCGAUGACAGCAAGGGCUUCGAGCGAAGGCUUCACGCCUUCCGGCAACGCUAUCGUGUGAAGGAGCCAGAAGAGGGCUGCGAACUGUCGCUUCACGAUGUGGCUGCAGUUCGGUCUCUAAUCGAGCAAAGGAACGAACUGAAAGUGGCCAGGACGGGUCCGGAAUGCUCUGAGCCAAUUGGAUCUUGA